GCACCUGCUCGCAGCGCUGGUUCUCCAGCAGACCCACCAGCUGCCUUGACGCCUCUGCGCAGCCAGCUAGGGUCGCCGGAGCUCAUCGAAGCACUCUGACGCUAUGGCAGAUCAGCUUGGGCAUGGGGACCCUGCGAAUAAUCCAAAUGUUGCAGUUCGACGAAGCAGCAGGAAUCGCAUACCCUCGCACCGGGUCACGGAGCCACUCACUGCCUCUUUGGCGCCUGCUACGACAAGCAUACGGCGUGCGACGCGAUCUGCUUCGGCAGCGUCUGACGAGCCUGUUGCUGGACCGAGCACGACCUCGUCGCGUCAGACGAGCACGAAUAGAGCGAGAGCAAGAGCUCCUGCGCCUGCUUCCACUCUGCCCGAGCGUUCAAUGUCAAGCCAGAGUACAACAUCAAUCACGCCCAGCGGAACGAACGGUUUCUCCCAGCGAGCGCAUAUGACGCGGUUGUCGGAAAGCGCGAUUGCAACGCCAGAAGCGAGCACGAGUCGACGUGUACUGCCGCAUGGCAAUAUCGGUAUGGCCGGCAUAGCAGGCGCAGGCCUACCUGGAACGCCUCUCUCUGUCUCUCUGGCAGGCUCGCCGUACCAUGCACGGUCCAAUCAUGUCAGACGACCCGUGCCUGGUCCGAGCAAUCUGGCUCGACAGCGGGACACAGAUGAUCAUAUCGAGCCUCGCAUAAGCCGCAAAGGCAGCCUGUCGCCUACGUUCAAUAAGAUCAAACCGGCUGGUCUUGCCUCGCCACGAAGUCCAAUCUUUCAACCGAAUCCGCCUGGAAACGUCACCUUUGACGAGUCGAGCCGCGUCUCGCGAGCGCACUCUGCUUCGAUCAGCCAAGGAACGCCAUACAGACAGCCACAAGGAGGAGACGAGACGCCGUUCAUGAUGAGGUUGGAAGAUCAGAAUAAUACCUCUACGGUGCAUCUCUCGCCCGUCGUUGGACGACCACGACAAGCAGUCUCUCGUCAUCCCACACGACCACGUACAUCCUCGCCUCUAGCAACAAAACGGUACGAGGCGACAAACGGUCAAGACACGUAUACGCCUGCGACGAGGAAUCAGCCUUAUCUGAACGGCCACGGAAAGCGCAAAGUCAGCGCGAAGGAUGUCUUGACGCGCAGGCUCGGGCCAAGACUAUCUCACGAUACUUCUUCUGCCAAUUCGAGCAUGGCGGCAGAUUUACCACCGCCGGUCAACUUCAAUGGCACCACGAGCACGCCCUUUGUGAACAGGGGAUCUUUCGAUCGAACGAGCCCGCUCGCUACGACGAUCACCUUGCCUGAAGACGCCGUCGAAGUCGCAGGCAAUGUAUCUAGAAUCACCAUCGAUGAAGACACGGACGAAUUGAGUUUGCUCGAUCAUGAUGCGCUGGAUGGGGUCAAGUCGGAGGCUGCUGUGCUGGACGAAGAGGAGGAAGAAUACGAUGAGACGAUGGUCGAUAGGAUGCGGAGCUGGCGAAAUGAUGCCAUGGCGCAGCAUCUCUAUAGCACUGCCGAGUUCUGGGGUUCCAAGGCAUUAGCAAUGACCUGCAAUGCCAACGACGCAUUCUGGCUCGCCCAAGUUCACUUUCUCACUCAUCAAUAUGCGAGAGCAGAGAAGAUCCUCUCUGCUCCUCGUGUAGCUAUCAUCGAAGAUUCUGUCCCCGCCGCCGGGGCUUCAAUGGAACUUGAUGGGGCAGACGCGCCUUUGUAUACUGCUCAGAAAGGCAAACAACGAGCAGAUAACAUAGAUCAUGCUACGGUCGUCUACCGGCUGACAGACAAAAGCAUUGCCUGUCGAUACCUGUGUGCGCAAUGCCAUGUCAGGUUGGGCGACUGGCAGGCAGCUCUCGACUUACUGGGCGAGGAGAACCCUUGGCGCAAUAGAUCAGAUAUCGAAUCUGGUGCAAACGUCAAAGCUGACGGCGGCAUCAAAUUUGAAGCAUCCAUGUGUCACUUGCGAGGUCUCGUUCAUCUACACCACAAUGCGACAGAUCGAGCUAAGCAGUCUUUCAUGGAGGCACUUAGCCUCGACGUCAAAUGCUUCGAGAGCUUCGAAGUACUCACUUCUGGCAGUAUGAUGACACCAGACGAGGAGUGGGAGUUCAUACAAGGCCUGUCGUAUCGUGUGCAGAUGGCCGAAGACGGCGACUUUGCGCGCAUGAUGUAUACUGUGCGGCUCAAGAAGUACAAACACAAGGCGGAGAUCGCUCAGUGUCGGCAACGGCUCGCACAAGAGUACGGAUUGGCGGAUGAUCCUGACGUUCUUUUCGGUCUUGCCGAUACGCUCUAUGCUGCCUCCUUGUGGCAGGAUUGCUACGAAGUCACUUCACGCACCCUGGACCUGCACGACAAUCAUGAGCCAACGAUGCCGCUGCAUCUGGCUUGCAUGCAGCAUCUCCCUCAUUUGCGCAGUCGGCUUUUCAUCCUCGCGCACGAUCUUGUCGACCGGCUGCCUGACUCUGCCAUUUCAUGGUAUGCUGUCGGACUGUGGUACUAUGCCGGUAGACGGUGGGAAGAGAGCCGUCGAUAUUUCGGCAAGUCGGUCUUGCUCGACAAUCGAUUCGGUCCUGCUUGGCUCGCAUUUGCGCAUUCGUACGCACUCGAAGGCGAGCAUGACCAGGCCACGACGGCAUACAGCACUGCCCAGCGACACUUUCAAGGCACGCACGUCCCGCUGCUCUGCAUUGGGAUGCAGCACCUGCAGUUAGGCAACAACGAUCUCGCGGAAGAGUACUUGGACGCUGCAUACGCCAUGUGCAAAGACGAUCCGCAUCUCACUAACGAACGCGGUGUGCUUGCCUACAACAAGCAAAGAUUCACGGUCGCCGUUGAGCUCUUUGAGGAGACGCUCCGGCUAGCCCGAGAUAUUCAGGGCCCGCCGAGUCUGUGGAUUUCCACAGUUCUCAAUUUAGGUCACGCUCACCGUAUGCUCAAUCACCACGAGCAGGCUGCCAGCGCAUUUCGCGAGGUCAUCCAGCUCGACUCUCAGUCAUCUGCGGCAUGGGCCAGUCUCGGCAUGGUCCAGCUCUUGCUUCACCAGCGAGACGAGAGCAUCGAAUCACUCCAUAUUGCACUCUCGCUUAAUCCCGCCGAUCAGGUCUCCCAGAGUCUGCUAAAGAUUGCACUACAAGACAUGCUCGAUGCGCACCCUGUCAAGGACAUAUCGACCCAAGUGCGCCUUCCUGGCCUGCAUCCUCAGACAGGGCGCAACCUCGACAAAGAAGUUGCACAAUUCGAAGAGAGGGUCGCUCAGGGUCGCUUCGAAGAAGACGAGGCGCCAGCUGAAGAGAGUCAUCUUGUCAUUAGCGAAAACAUCCUCAUGCAAGCUUGACUGCUGGUGGAAGUGAACGAAUAUGUGUGCGA